AACAGCCCGACCCGUGCAACGUGUUACUUUCAUUCUCAAGCGAAACUUGAUAUCAUUUUCGACGCACAAACGGAAAUAUCAUCAUUUCCUAUAAUAUGAGUGAUGCACGAACGGAACCACCUAUCGUUCCCUACGAUACGAUCGAUGCACAGACGGAACUAUCUUUCUUUUUCGACGAUACGAUCGAUGCAUCCUCGGCCUCACAACCAUAUCCGGAUUUGCAGCAACAAGUUCGAAUAUUUUCUUGCAACUACUGUGAUCGAAGCUUUGCCACUCGGUGGAAUCUAAAGACGCACAUGGAUCUCCAUGACCCCAACCGCAUGAAACUUUUCGCUUGCACGCACAAGGGCUGUCAUUAUGCAUCAGCUCGUAAGAACGACCUAAAAAGGCACAUGGGCUCUUGUAGCCACGCUUAGGCGCUCUUCGGGCACCCACAACGCAUGGUGGCUCUUCGCCAUGCGUUUAAAGUCGUCUCAAAUGGCCUCAUUUGUACUGUUCGUGACUUCUUCUGGUCUGCGAUUCAACGAUUCUUUCCAGCUUUCAUGAUGUGUCGAUCCUGUCUCCGAUGUACGAUAGCGGUUGUCAAGACUCAUUGCUCCUGUCUCGAUUCGCUCGUUUGAAAUUACAAUUUCCCGCACACGAUCUCUGCUUGUACGUUUCAAUCUCUGUUUUGGUCAGGUCUCGAGAUGCAGAACAUGGCCCGAAAUGUAAUAGUUGUCGUGAUCA